AUGUAUCAGCUACUAGCUUCACAAGAGAACAAUUACGAGCAACCUUUACCCGAUGACGAAGUGAUGAAGGCCGUAGGAGAUACGAUGAAAGAGCUCCAAUCCCUGAGGGACAAGAUCCGCAGAUUCUCGACCGACGAAGACACCUUGGACUGCAAGCAGGAUGACAGUAUCGGUCACGAACGAGCCGAAAUGAUCGAGCAUUGGUUGCAAGAGACACGUCUGCCGUCCCCACUCGAGUAUCCCUCGGUGUUAGUACCUAUCACGCCGCCAUCGAUUGCGCCCCCAGUGAAAAAGGUGCCUUGGCUCAAGCGAGCGCAGAAGAAAUGUGCGAAAUGGCUUCGAUUGGGAAGAGCCGAUCGAUAG